UUUGCGUACUACGCUCAGUAACGUGUUUCCCUGCCCCUUUCAUGACCUCAUCGGGAGGUGGAGCUUAGCGUCCUCAGUUUUCUCCUGUGGUAUCCUGGACAUGGCAACUCCCGGCCCUGUGACUCCGGAGGCACCUUUUGAACCAUCGCAGCCCCCAGUCAUUGAAAACUUUACCCCCAGUGUCUGCACCCACCCAGAAGGCUUCAAGGAAAAAUUCCUUCGCAAGACUCGUGAGAACCCCGUGGUGCCCAUAGGCUGCCUGGGCACGGCGGCCGCGCUCACAUACGGCCUCUACAGCUUCCACCAAGGCCACAGCCAGCGCUCCCAGCUCAUGAUGCGCGUCCGGAUUGCCGCCCAGGGCUUCACGGUCGCAGCCAUCUUGUUGGGUUUAGCUGCAUCUGCUAUGAAGUCUCGACCCUGAUCUUACCGCCAGAGCAUAGCAGCUCUGCGGUGAUCAUUCCAAAACCCAGGAGCAACUACCAACUAUGCCAAGAGACGUAUACCCUCCUCUACCAGGCUUCUGUGUUGUGUAACCGACUUUUUUUCAGAAAUCCAGAUUUGGUUCAGUUUAGGUGUUGCAUACUUCUAUGUGUGCCGCAGCACCUCCACUCCCUACAUAAUAAAAUAUAAUCCACUGUA